GGGGACCCUGCCUGCACACAGCUUAGGGCAUCCCCCUCGCUCUAUAAAGACUUGGCUGGAAGUUCACAAUUCACUUCAACUCCGCCUUGAGCAACCAUUGCUGUGCUAAAGUCCAGAGUCCAGCCUUCCUCUCCCAUCCCAGCAAUGCUUUCCAUUGUCCAUCUUCUGCUUCCCGUCUGCUUCUUGGGACAAGUCGUGACGUCUUCGGAACAAGCUGCGCCUCGAAGUAACAUCACCGCAUGUCUCCUACCACGAGUUGAAGGGAACUGUCGAGGUCUAAUACCCCAAUUUUAUUAUGACCGGUACACGCAAACAUGUGAGGAGUUCCUCUAUGGAGGCUGUGAUGGAAAUGCCAACAAUUUUGAGACGGUGGAGGACUGUGAGAAAACAUGUUGGAAAAUCAAAAAAGUCCCCAAGCCUUGUAGGAUGGAGGUGGAGCCAGGGCCCUGCCGCGGAUAUAUAAAGCGUUACGCUUACAACUUGUUGACGAUGAAGUGUGAGCUGUUCAUAUAUGGUGGUUGCUAUGGAAACGAUAAUAAUUACAGAGAUGAGGCUUCCUGUCUGGAGGCAUGCUCGCCCAAGAGGAAUGCUCCCAGCUUCUGCUAUAGCCCCAAGGAUGAGGGAUCAUGCUCUGCUUCUGUCAACCGCUAUUAUUUCAACAUUGAAAGCAAGUCUUGUGAAGAGUUUCAGUACACAGGUUGUGGAGGAAACUCCAACAACUUUAUCAGGCUGGAAGACUGUAAUAAAGUGUGCAAGAAAGGAAAUAAAAGGCCAAGGAAUAAGAACCGCCUCCGCAGACCGAAGAUCAAUCCUGAGCAAUCCUGAGCAAAGAUCGUGGAAGAAAACUCUUUUAUAUUUUCGCAUAUUAUGCACUUUUCGGCUAUCGUCGGACAACUGAAAGCUGCAGAGGAGAACUUAACUCGUAAAACAGCCUAAGAAAGGGAACUUUUAUGUCCGGCAGUAUAAAACCGCAUAGUAUAAAAGAUUUUUUAUUUUUUUUAUUUUAGAAAAGCUAUAAAUACACUUGCAGCCAUAGCAAUUCUCUGUCACCGUGAGUUUUUUUUUUUCCAUCUUACUAAGCCAGAGUGCAGCCGUAACAAUAGUACAACAUUUUAAUGUGAAAGCAUAAUUUAACCUUUUACGUAAUGUGAAUAAGAAUUGGAAGUUCUGCCUUUGCCACUAGAGGGCAGUGUUGCGGAUUAGCAGUAGGGUCUGCCAAAGUGGGAGUGUAUACGUUUUUUUGAGGAUCUGAAAAGGGGCGUGGUUUCCCAAGUUGGGGAAACUUGUUCCUCUAAAUCCAGCCCUGCAUGGUGGAAAUACCAUAGUGAACGUAUUUAUGAAGAGUACUGGUUAACUCAUUUUGUGUUUAAAAUAAAGUCUACAUGUCUUUGUGAUGUCACAAAUAUUUUGUGCCUGUAAAGUUUCAGCCUCUAUGGCUAAGCAUUAAAGUUAGACAAAAUUUGAACAAAUUUGUAUAAUCCCAAACUAUACAAUUAUUUAAAAUAUUAUGUUUAUUAAACAGAACCCCUCUUAGACCAGGUUCACAUAUGUGCGGCCGCGGUUUCCAGCCUGGGGUCCGGCGCGUUUCGGUUCAGGUGUGAUUGAAUUUAUCGCCUAAAUUCGCACCUGAACCAGACCUAAAAACACACACAGGACCCUUUUUGGAAACCGCACUGUGGCCGCCCCGGACAUGUGGGAACCGGCUCCAUUGAGUCACAUGUCAUGCGAACAGGAUGCAGAGAACCCGGCCUUACAAUAUUUCAGUAUUUGGUUUAUUA